AUCGUCGAUGCAUUCCUCAUCGGCUGCAUGUUCAUCAAGAUGUCCCAGCCCAAGAAGCGAGCUGAGACCCUCAUGUUCAGCCGUGCCGCAGUUGUCUCGCAGCGGGAUGGCAAGCUCUGCCUCAUGUUCCGUGUCGGCAACCUCCGCAACAGCCACAUGGUGUCUGCCCAGAUCCGCUGCAAGCUGAUCAAGUCCCGACAGACACCGGAGGGAGAAUUUCUGCCGCUAGACCAGUGUGAACUGGAUGUUGGAUUUGGAACUGGAGCUGACCAGCUGUUUUUAGUUUCCCCAUUAACCAUCUGUCAUGAAAUUAACUCAAAGAGCCCCUUUUUUUGUCUCUCACAAAGAUCACUAAGAAGCGAGCAAUUUGAAAUAGUUGUCAUCCUUGAAGGAAUCGUUGAGACUACCGGAAUGACGUGUCAAGCUAGGACUUCGUAUACAGAAGAUGAAGUUCUUUGGGGUCACAGAUUCCUCCCGGUAAUGUCCCUAGAAGAUGGCUUUUUCCGUGUCGACUAUUCUCAGUUUCAUGCUACGUUUGAAGUCCCCACUCCUCCUUACAGUGUUAAAGAGCAAGAAGAAAACCUGUCCCUAUCAUCUCCCUUGAAUAAUCCUGCUGAUAAUAACAAAACCAGAAGAGAACAGAUUUGUUCACCUGACUGUAUUGAUAUUGCAGGAGAGAAAAACAAGCUCCCUUUUAAACUUCAGAAGAUUAGCUCGAGAAAGGAAGACCUUCCAAGAAGAGCCCUGAGAAUGAGUUCCAGUAAUGCAGAGAAGACUUGCAGUACCGGAGAUCUCUCAAAAAUUCAAGAAAUAGGUCCCAUCUCUGAUGGUGAAGACAGUGAUGACAGGAUACAGCUGAAAGCCUUAAAAAUAAAUGCCAAGGCUUUGACGCAGUCUACCGGUGAUCUUGAGUUUCAGAAGAACCCUCCAAGUAUGCACGCUCUAGACAUGAAAUUGGAAGAUAAUUUUCCUGCCAAACUUCAAAAAAUGAACUCUGAUAGCUUCUCUUAAGAGCAGAAGCAACAGGAGUUGUGGUGAUAAACUGCAUUUGAGACUGCUGACCUGAAAGGGUUGUCUUAUAGUAAAGUCAUAAUUUGGUUUUGCCACUUUGAGGAAGAACAAUCCUUUUUGUAUAAUUGUUCUGUACAGAUCAACUUAGGUAG